AUGGAUUCAAAUUCCACUUCAUCACCCACUUCAAUUUUGGCAAACUACCAAAAUUGCGACUCAGUGCUACGUGUAUACAUAACUCUGGUUUAUGAAGCACAUGAUGGUAGAAUAUGGUCAUUAGCUGUUUGUCCAAAUGAAUCCGGUUUCUACACUGGUGGUGAAGAUGAAACAUUGUGUUAUUUUGAAGAUAUUACAGAAAUAUUACUGAAAGAAGCAUCACAACAGCAAGAGGAAUAUAUUCAAACACAACAAGAACUGGAUAAUCUUGUACAUAAACAAAUGUACGCUGAUGCAGUUUAUUUGGCGGUUAAAUUAGAUCAACCCAAACGAACAUUGGAUAUAUUACAAGAACUAUUAACUCAAGAUCUUGUCAAACAAACUUGCAAUAAUAAUCAAACUGUUAAAUAUCCAACACAAGCUAUAAACUUAUUAUCCGUCCUUGAUGAUUUCGUCAAUAAAAGUACUAGUGAAAAUGUUAACAAUUCAUUGAAUCUAAGUCAACGUCUAUUAUCUUAUGCAAUUAAUUGGAAUACAAGAACUAGAACAUCAAUGAUCAGUCAAUUUAUAUUGAAUUGGAUUCUAACACGUUGGACACCGGAAGAAUUAUUGGAAUGGCCGAAUUUCAAUCAAUCAAUACAAUAUCUUCUUCCGUAUACAUCUCGACAUUAUCAACGUAUAUGUAGAUUAGAAGAACAGCUGGCAAUUUUAAACUAUAUUUCUGAGUUGACUGAUGAACAUUUAAUUCCUACGGAUACUAUUGAUGAACCAAUGGAAUUGGAUAAUAAUGUGUCGAUGCAUUCAACUCAAGAUACUAAUUAA